AAUAUGUCAUCAAAAAUGAUAUUGUGGUUUCUAAUAUCAAUUUUUUCUAAACUGAAUACUUUGCGCGAGGGCCACUUCCAAAGUGGUAAAAUGUGUGUCCCCCUGUAACUUCUAAAAUACGAGAAUGAUAAAACAAAAAAAUAUAUAUAUGAUUUACAUUACUAUGCAAACUUCCACCGAAAAUUGGUUUGAGCGAGAUCGAGUAAGUAGUUUUUUUAAAUACCUACGUCAUAAAUCGUAAACCGCAAUUUUAUUACGUUACUUGCUGCUACGGAACCCUUCAUGGGCGAGUCCGACUCGCACUUGGCCGCUUUUUACUUCUUGAUAUGACUGGCUACAGCACCAUUCUAGAUUACGCGCUAUUAAUAACAAAGUACUUAUAUAAAAGAAUGCAACAUAACAUGAUUCAACAGACCAGAGUAGAGUAGCCAUUACUAGCAGUAACAAGAUAUACGUAAAACAAAAUUUGUACUAAGAUGGUGUUUCUUACGGUAGUGAUAUUGGCAGUCGUUCUAAGUGUACUGUAUUAUUACUUCACAAGAACUUUCUCUUAUUGGAAGGACCGAAAUGUUACCGGACCGAAACCUAUACCAUUUUUUGGAAACAUGUAUAGAUCCGCCAUGCGAUACGAUACAAUGGGUGUAGUUUUUAAAAACAUAUACGAAAGUUUCCCAAGAGAGAAAGUGGUGGGAAUAUUCAGGAUGACAACUCCAACGCUCUUGGUGCGAGACCUCGACAUUUUAAAGCAUAUAUUGGUAAAAGAUUUCGACAAUUUUGUGGAUCGAGGUUUGGAGUUCAGCAAAGAAGGGCUAGGACAAAACCUGUUUCACUCCGAUGGAGAGACAUGGCGAGGACUAAGAAUUCGAUUUUCACCCAUAUUUACAAAUUCAAAGAUGAAGAAUAUGAUGUAUUUGCUCAACGAUCGAGCUGAUAAGUUUAUUAAUUAUGUUAGUGAUACUACAGCGACGACACCCGAGCAAGAUAUACACGGAUUAGUGCAAAAGUACACAAUGUCAACGAUAACUGGGUGCGCCUUCGGUCUGGAUAUAGACACUUUUCGUGGAGAUGUUCAAACUUUAAAAAGAGUCGACAAGGAAAUAUUUACCCCUAAUUAUGCUGUUGAGUUUGAUAUGAUGUUCCCUGGUGUCCUUAAAAAGUUAAAUAUGUCCUUAUUCCCGGCUUACUUAGAGCUCGUCGAAACUGUAACUACUCAAAGAAACGGAAAGCCGUCAAAUAGGAAAGACUUUAUGGAUUUGAUAUUAGAAAUGAAAAAUAAAAAACAAAUUGAAGUAGUUAAAAAGCACGGCGAUGAAGAAACCAGUACGAUUGAUAUAACUAAUAGUAUAAUAGAAGCACAAGCCUUUGUAUUUUACGCUGCCGGUUACGAGACCUCAGCUUCGACCAUGGGUUUCAUGUUGUACCAGCUAGCAUUGGACACUAAAAUACAGGACAGAUUAAGAAAUGAGAUAGAUGAAUACCUUGAGAGACAUAGCAACAGAAUAGAAAUGGACACUUUAAAUGAGUUACAAUAUUUAGAUCAAGUUUUUAGUGAAACUCUCAGGAUGUACCCGAUAGGGGAUACUUUACAAAGGAAAGCUGCCAACGAUUAUAAAUUACCAGGAAUUGACGCUACAAUAGCUAAAGAUCAAGUUGUGAUCGUAUCUGUUUCCGGCAUUCACCACGAUGAGAAGUACUAUCCAGAACCGGAGAAGUUUGAUCCCGAUAGAUUUUCUCCAGAAAACGUAGCUGCCAGGCAUCCCUUUGCGUAUUUGCCCUUUGGCCUUGGACCGCGACAUUGCAUUGGAAUGCGCUUUGCACGCGUGCAGUCCUCGGUGUGCAUAAUUAGAUUGCUCUCAAAAUUCCGCCUUGAAGCCGGCAAGAAUACCGUUCGCUCCUUUUCUAACGACCCAUAUCGGACCGUGAUCGCUCCUAACAAGACCCUAUACGUGAAUGUUUACCCGCGGUAGGACCUGUAUAAAGGAUGACUCACGCUAGACCGGGCCGGAGCUUCCGGCGCUUCGUUUUCUUUGGAAAGCACCACGAGAUCACCGAUUAGCCGUCAUAGAAAAUUAUACACCGUCGGACGCCUCGCUGAAAUUGCUUUAAUAUGGAACCUCAGAAAGAUAAAUCUGUAAUAUUUUGCUAACACCAAACGACGUGUCGCAUCGCCAUCGCCGGUACCCACGAAUCGCUUUGCAGAAAUCAAUGAAAGACUUGGUAAUAAAGCCUAGCUAGCUUAUAAUUUGAGGGGACGUUCGCAGACUUCUAAAUCCAGCCGGCAAUGUCCACACGUUUCUGACGGCCGAGUAUCUGAUCUCCACUGACUGACACUGCCGGUUGGAUUUGGCUGGAUCACGUAACUACGUGAUGCAGGUGGAUCAACCGCACCGCGUAUACAUCAAGAGCUACAUGAAUCCCGCUCACGUCGGGUUGCUGUGUGUUGUUGCGGUCGUCACGCAUUUAGUCAUGAUGAAUGUUUUUAUUCGUGACAAAACUUAUAGAUAAAACAACAGGUAAUACUACCAUGGUCA